CAAGAUCCCUCCUCCUCCUAGUUCAACAACGCCAAGAAACACUAAACAACAUUCUUGAAAGAAAAUGAACUACCCUUCAAACCCUAGCCCUAAUUUCAUAGAUUUCCCUAAAACUUUCACAUCCGAUGAUUAUGAUGAUGCUUUUCAGAUGAUCAUGGAACAAAUCAGCCUCGAGGAUCACUCACCCACCUUGAGUUGGACUUCAUCUGAGAAAUUACUGGCUGCAGAAGUCACAAGCCCCCUUCAAACAAGCCUAGUUACCUCACCUAUGAGCCUUGAAAUAGGGGACAAAACUGAUGAGAUCAAGAAGAGGAAGAGACACAAAGAUGGUCCGAUUAUUCACGUGUUUAAAACGAAAUCUAUUGAAGAAAUUGCUUUAGAUGACGGAUUUAAAUGGAGGAAAUACGGCAAGAAACCGAUAAGGGGCAGUCCAUUUCCGAGGCAUUAUCACAAGUGUUCGAACCCCAAUUGCAUCGUGAAGAAGAAGAUCGAGAGAGAUACGAGCAAUCCUGAUUAUGUGUUGACAACUUACGAAGGGAGACAUAAUCACCCAAGCCCUUCUGUGGUUUAUUGUGAUUCAGACGACUUUGAUCUUACCUCUCUCAACAUUUUGUCUUUUCAGACACGUACUUAUAAUUAUUCACAUUCAGCUCCGUGACCAUACUUAAAAGUCUGUGUGUCCAGAUGUGUAUACAGUGUAAAUAUUCAUCGUAAUCACGCAUCAUAUGUAUCCGCUUGUACUUGGUUGGGUCGGUUUUGUAAUGUACUGAAUUGGGGGGUGGGUAAACUGGAA